ACCACUCAUUGCUAGUUUCUAGACUAUAAAAAGACAUUGCUCUGACCAAACAAAUGAGGCUGUGUUGUGAUAAGUAUAAACAUGGAAGAUUUUGGAAAUCAGCCAUUGUUGAAGAAACAACAUUAUCAUGAGAAUUGUCCAGGUUGUAAGGUGGAUGAAGCCAAGGAAUUGAAAAAGGAUGUUACAUUCAGAAAUAUUUUCAAUAUAUGGAUGGUUGUUUUAUGCAGCACUCUUCCAGUAGCAUCUCUAUUUCCUUACCUUUAUUUCAUGGUAAAUGAUUUUCAUAUUGCUAAAACAGAAGAAGAUAUCAGUUCUUAUGCUGGUUAUGUAGGAUCUGCCUACAUGGUUGGUAGAGCUUUGACUUCCAUAUUCUGGGGAAUGGUAGCUGAUCGCUACGGUCGAAAACCUGUUGUCGUUAUAGGAAUUAUUUCUGUUGUCAUUUUCAACACAUUAUUUGGCCUUUGCACAAGUUUUUGGACGGCUAUUAUAAUGAGAUUCGCUCUUGGAGGUUUAAAUGGUUUGCUUGGACCAAUGAAGGCUUAUUCUUCUGAAAUAUUUAGAGAAGAGUACCAAGCUUUAGGACAAUCAACGGUUGCAGCUGCUUGGGGAGUUGGUUUGGCCUUUGGACCAGCAUUGGGAGGUUAUUUGGCUCAGCCAGUCCAAAAAUAUCCAAAUAUAUUUCCAAAGGAUUCCUUUUGGGAUAAGUUUCCAUACUUCCUACCAAGCUUCUUUGUAUCAGCUAUGGCACUUGUAGUUGCAAUUUCCUGCAUUUGGUUACCGGAGACACUUCAUAACCACAAAGUAUCCACCGAAGAAAAUGAAGCUUUAGAAAAUGGAACCAAGGAGUCUGACAAAAACAAGAUGAUAAAAAAAGAUGAAAACCUUCUAAGGAAUUGGCCCUUAAUGUCAUCUAUUAUUGUUUACUGUGUUUUUGCAAUUCAUGACAUUGCUUUUAUUGAGAUUUUCUCAUUAUGGAGUGUUAGUCCUCGAAGGUUAGGCGGUUUGAACUUUGAAACUAAUGAUGUUGGAAAUGUUCUUGCAUUAUCAGGUAUAGCUAUUAUAAUAUUCCAGCUUGGCAUAUAUCAAUCAGUCCAAAAAAUCUGUGGAUCUAUUGUCCUUGCUCGCAUUGCUGGGGUGUUAUCGAUACCAAUCUUGCAAAGCUUCCCCUUCAUGACAAAUUUGUCCGGCUUCGCAUUGAACAUAUCGAUAUAUAGUGCUGUUAUUCUAAAGAAUCUUCUCAUUGAAGUAAUUUCUACUGGUUUAUACAUUCUGCAAAAUAAAGCAGUGGAUCAACACCAAAGAGGCGUAGCAAAUGGAAUUUGCCUAACUGCUAUGUCAACAUGCAAGAUAAUUGGUCCAGCUGCAGGUGGUGCAAUAUUAACUUGGUCGCAAAAACGGAUGCAUGCUUCUUUCCUCCCGGGUCCUCAUCUGGUCUUCACUGGGCUCAAUAUUGUUGAAGGAGUUGCAUUGUUGUUGACAUUGAAACCAUUCUUGACCGAAAGAAAAACACCCUCGGAACAAUUGUAUUGAUAUUAAUAAAUUCUUUUAAGAGGUGAAGAAUGUGAAUUAAUGUUAAAUUCUUGCAUUAGGGUGAUGAGAGUAUAGCAACUGGAAUACCAUCAAAAGAAAGUAUACAGCGUAACAAUAAUACCGUUAUAUGACUAUGUUCUGAAAUAUGUAUCAUGCAAGAUUUAUCAUUAUUAUUGAGAUUUCAUGAUAUAUGAUACAUAGGGAUGAAGUUUUGGCAUAGAUUAGUUGAGUUUGAAAUUCUUUAUUCCAUUUGAAUAUUUUAUGUAAUACCGACACCUUGUAAAAUUUAUCUAUUCAUGUUGAGUUUCUUGAAUUCUACAAGUUUGAUGUAAACCAUAAUAAUGAAGCUGAAUAUUCUCUUGAAUAUUCGGUUGAAUAUUAGUUGGCAUGAGUUGUUACUUAGCAUUUACUUAGACA